ACUUCACAGCGAAAGCAUUUGACGAAGACCGGCGUGGAUGACUAGCCAUGAAGACCACAAGUUCCGAGUUCCGAUCAUAGACAUGUGUGUUUAUGGUCUCGUAUCUACCUGAACCCGGAACUCUAAAACCUAAUACCCAACCGUCUCUCCUUUCUACACGAAUAAAAGUCCUCCCGCCGUUGCUUCCACCCAAAUCCACGUCCUCCUCCUCACCUCCGGCCUCACGCGAGGUUUCCGUCUCAUCGACACUUCUCCAGGCACUAGCAGGAAUCGAGACCAACCUUCGCCGCAUUCUAUUAGCGAGGUUUCCGUCUCAUCGAAAUUUCUCCGGGCACGAGCAGGAAACGUGACGAGACUUCGCCGCAAGGUUUCAGUCCAUUUCACCCAAAGUUUCAAUCCUUUUCUCUGCCUUCUUGAUUCCUGUUCGUCUUCCCUUCCUUCUCAGAGAAUGAUUUCCAUCACACCCCUGAAAGCCCAUUCUACCCCUUUCGCAAUCCCUCUCCUUCCUCCCCCUUGUUUGCGAAUCUCACCUCGUAUUCCAUGUGCUCUGACAAGGAGAUCUAUGAAGCUUCGUUCCGAAUUCGAGUUGAAGGGCAACGGUGCCCUUUCCGGCGACUCUGACCCCCGUGCAUUGGACCGGCUUAAGGCAUUGGAAGCAGCAAUGAAUGAAAUAAACAGUUCAUUUGGCAAGGGAAGUGUUACAAGAUUAGGAAGUGCUGGUGGUGCUUUAGUAGAGACUUUUCCAAGUGGUUGUUUGACUUUAGAUUUUGCUCUAGGCGGUGGUCUUCCCAGAGGACGAAUUGUAGAGAUAUUUGGUCCAGAAAGCAGUGGGAAGACUACGCUAGCUCUACAUGCAAUUGCAGAAAUACAGAAAUUGGGAGGCAAUGCCAUGCUUGUUGAUGCAGAGCAUGCUUUUGAUCCUGCUUAUUCCAGGGCAUUGGGAGUCGACAUAGAAAAUUUGAUUGUCUGCCAACCUGACAAUGGGGAAAUGGCAUUAGAAAUUGCGGACCGUAUGUGCAGAUCUGGAGCAAUAGAUCUCAUUUGUAUUGAUUCAGUAUCAGCUCUUACUCCAAGGGCUGAAAUUGAAGGCGAGAUUGGGAUGCAACAAAUCGGUUUACAGGCCCGUCUAAUGAGCCAAGCAUUGCGUAAAAUGUCAGGAAAUGCCUCAAAAGCUGGUUGUACUCUGAUUUUUCUAAAUCAGAUAAGAUACAAGAUUGGGGUGUUCUAUGGAAACCCUGAAGUCACUAGCGGAGGGAUUGCCCUGAAGUUCUUUGCAUCACUUCGUCUAGAGAUACGCCCUAUUGGAAAGAUCAAAUCUGCAAAAGGAGAUGAAGAUAUUGGAAUUAGGGUGCGUGUUAGAGUGCAGAAAAGCAAAGUAUCGAGACCAUACAAACAAGCUGAGUUUGAAAUUAUAUUUGGUGAAGGAGUUGGCAAAUUGGGUUGCCUUUUGGAUUGUGCUGAGUUGAUGGAUGUUAUUGUCAAGAAAGGAUCAUGGUAUAGCUAUGGAGAAAAUAGGCUUGGCCAAGGUAAGGAAAAGGCAUUGCAGUAUCUGAGAGAGAACCCUACUGUAUGCAAUGACAUGGAAAAGGCGGUUCGGCCAAUGAUGAUGGACGUAAGCAGGCACAUGAGCCUCUUGGCUUUUGGUCAGUUAUCGACUGCAGAAGAGGAACAAAUAAAUGACGAGAAAUGAAUGCUACAUCAAUCUUGCAAGGGAUGGAAUCAUCCGUGUUUGAUGGGAGGUUUUCAAUUUUGGCCGAUAUGCUCAAUGCUGCUACUUAUGCACGCUAGUAUUGAUGAUGGAAUCACAUGACACGAUCUUUGGCACGAAGUGUAGUUUGCUUUCGAAAGCUUACACUUCCCUCACUUUUAAAUUCCGUAGAUGACGAGCUGAUUAGAAAUUCAUAUGUUAGAAUUGGAACGCUACCAAACUUGAGCUUGGUGGAGUUUGAUCCAAUUCAGAGUUGAUGCAAUUCAAAUUAGGUCAGAUGAGAUCCAUUCUCGCUGGAACUAGAUUAGCCACAGUCAAUCAAUAUGCCAUAAUAUUCAAUUUUCUUAAAUUGGUCCAAGUUCUAUUGAAUUGGUUAAGGAUGGUGGUCGAGAUGAUUUUGUUUUGUGGAUUGAAGCUGAUAUAGACACCAUUAAGAAUGUAAUAUAAUCCAAGUAUUUGUUUCUAAACCUAA